AUUACAAAAGUAUCAAUUCUUCCUAUCUAAAAUACUCAGCUAAAUUUUAAGUAGAACAAAAACUAAAAAAGGAAAAUUUGUUGUGAAAAAUUGGAGCUCCAGACAUUUGAACAUGCCGAUCAGCCGACAGGAUCUGCGCCGUUUGGCCAGCACUCCGAGCUGUGGUCCUCGAUUAACCAAAAGCCAGACAAGCAACACGUACAUCAGCUAUACUGACAUGGGUCUGGGCAGCAAGUUCUGCAGCGGAGGAUCUUUCAGGGGGGGACCCAGCUGCGAUCACUGGAAGUUCUGCGAGAAGGUGCCUAAUCGCUCGGAAGUGGAGGCCGACUCCUUAGGCAGUCCCGUUGGCCUGGUCUGCUCGAACGCCACCUUGAAAAAUCCCUGCGGGAGUUCUCCGAUGCAGCAAGAGGCGAAUGUCGUCAAUUUCGCCACCUACCUGAAGGCUUUUGCCUUGAUUUAUGUACUACCGGAGGUGGAUUGGACGGCAGAGAAGAUCGACAUGCUGCUAGAGGAGGGUACUGAUUUAUUUCGAGCCAGCUCCGAGGUGGAUCAGGGGAAGGACGACCAGGAGGAACACAAGCUGCUCGAGCCGGAGAUCUACACUAACGAGGAGAAGCGGAUAAAGAGGAAUUUUAAUCUUGAGGGGCACACCUUUACGUUGGCAUUGGAACCCCGGUAUCAGGGGGCAGGAUCGAAGCCCUUGGAAGAGCAGCCCCCGCAUACCAUUGAUAACUUAAGGCCCGUUCUCCUCAAUUUCUUCAAGUCCAGCCGCUACUGUCUCCUGCUCACCCGAGUUGGUCACCUGCUCGUCUGGCGGCGCAGAAAGGUGUUCUUUGUCCUGGACGUGAAGGGCAGAAGGAUAGAAGACCUUGAGACCGUCCAGGACAACGGGGUGGCCAUGCUGGUGUGCCUAAAAACCAUAGACAAUGUGGUCCAUCUGGCCAGCAACUUGAGUGGCAUUUCGCCCCAAGACGAGUUCACCAUUCGGGAACUGGUGGUUGUGCGUUUGGAGACCCCAGAUGGACGCAUCUAUAUGCGCGACACCAGCCACCGAUCCAUCGAAUUUAGGGUGGUAAACAAGAGCUAUGCCUACCUGAAGGCCACUCUGCACCUCUCGCUAAACGAACAUGAUCCGGUCAGAAAUCGUAGCAGCCUGAUGGUGGCCGUGGGCUCAAUCCUUGCCAGCAAAAUCGAUCACCCGGCCAACUGGGACACCAACAUGCUGGAUCGUUUAAUCUGCUACGGAGUGGAGCUUUGUCGGAACUGCUGGUCGGAUUGCUUGAGGGAUCGGCGACCCAUUGACUUGGACACCUUUCCCACGCAACUGCGGAUGGGCCAGUAUGUACUCGAGCUGAAGCUGAUCCCAAAUGUGAGAGCAGGCCACUGGAAGUGUGGCGUCCGCAUCAUCGGUACGGACUUUGAAGCUCACGUCUCAGAGGCUCUCAAGGAGUUCGGGAACGUGGUGUUCCAGAUCAACAACCAGAUGUACGCCAUCUGGGUCAAGGACGAAUUCUACUACCUGCUCGAUCCCUACCGCCACACGAUCGUGGGCACCCAUGUGGCGGAGGACAAGGGAGAGGGCGCCAAGUGGGCCACGGUGCGCAUGUUCCGCGACCAGCUGACCAUGCUCAGCGUGUUCCAUCAGAUGCUGAAGGAGUCCAACCGGCAGUCGGCCUACUAUCUGCAUGUGGUGCGUAUCCGAAACCUCGCCGAGUGUCCCGAAGGAUACGCCUUGGUUCCGUUGUCCGAGGACGUGGGCAAUGCCGACGUGAAGUCCCUAAACGAACCCAUCCUGUUUAAUGAGCAGCAAGGGGUAAGAGUCUGCGACAAGUCCCUGGCCGAUAUUAGCGACUACGAGGAGGAUGUUAUCAGUCGCAUAGGGGAUAAAUUCGAGCUUGAGAAAUUUGGUUUCAUGGAUGAACGUCAGGAUGCAGGCGCAGAGUGUGAAAUGUGCGAGGAGUGUGAAUUCCAGACCGAGUGUCGUCCUAGGCCCUGCAAAAACAACAGACCUAGCGCAUGUGCAAGAUCCAGGAACAUGUCUGAUAGAGGAAACCAGGGAAAAAUUGAAAAGAAAACCUCCAGGAGAAGCGUGCAACUUGCCACGACUUCGCCAAUUAGGGGACAACUUGUAAAAUCCUAUAGGCAGACAGGCGGGAGGUCUUCUAAUCAAUCGCCGGCAAAGUCUUCUGUGCGUUUCACAUCUAAAGAUGUAACAACUCCUGGAAGGAUGAAAACUUUCAGGCAAACUGGCGGCACAGGCUUGACCUGUCAUUCCGCCAAGUCCCCUGAGCGUGCCAGAUUUAAAGAAGGUUUAACGCCUGGCAGGAUUAUGAAAAAUAAUAUAACAGCGCCUAGGCAAACGUGCAACAGGGAUUCAAGUCCUUCUCCCGAAAGGUUCCGCAAAAUAUCCACGAUGCCAGAAGUCUUAUCUCCUGGUAAAACUCUAAAAAAGAGUAUAAAAACCAGGAAAAUUGGUGGCAGGUCUUCCAACCAUUCUCCGACCAAGUCCCCUUCCAGGUCUCAAGAUGGGUCAUCUUCCAUAAAGAUUAUAAAAGAGAUCUCCAGGCAAACUGGUGGCAUGUCUUCGCCCAUUACAAAAACCUCUAGAAAAACCGGCGCAACGACUACCGCAAUGUGUUCCGCACACUCCAGAUCUAGAGAAGGGUCUUCUCCUGGAAGGAUCAUGAAAAAAAAUAUAAAGAGCCCCAGGGAAAGUGGCGGCAGGUCUUUUAACCAUCCUCCCUCCUGCUCUCCAGUAUGCGAGUCGAGACACGGGUCCCCUCCUCGCAAGACUGUUCUUAGACGGUCUUCAAAGGGAAACCCUUCAAAUGGGGGAGGUUACAAAGUGCCUAAUGCCAAAGCACCAAUUACUUCCGAUGCUGCCUCCAAACUAUUACUUCCUCACAGUGCAAUCAGUAAAAGUCCCUAUACCAAUCCUGUGGUUCCGAAUAGAUCCAACGAUACAGAAACAGCCACAAAUGCCCGAACUCCCCACAAAGCCGAAAUGCUCCAAGGAGAGGAACCCAGAGAACGGGCCACUUACAAUGAAUCGGCGAAGAUGGUGUUAGCUCAAACCCACAUGCUCAAGCAAUCCCUAGACAAAUCCAAUGAUCUUGGCGUGGUUCCUGUGGCCAACGCCCACCUAAACACACCCGCUGUCUCAGAUUUUGUCCGCCAAUUGGACCAAAUGAAGACAACUUCCCUUCCGGCGUCAGCUCUUCAAAUAGCUGAGGAGCCCCACGAACCUCCUGAAGAGUGCUGUUGUGGUGGUGCAGACAAUGCCACGGAGAGAACCGAACUCCAAACCUCGCUGCCCAAGUACCCCGGCUUUAACCGGGUGCCCCAGCUCCUGGCCGUCGCUGGAUCCGAGAGUGGAACCAUGGAGAGCCUUAACCGGGUGCUGGGCUCCGCUUUCAAGGUGGCCAACCGGGUGCUCACAAUGACGCCGUGGGGCAACUACGUGGUCUUCAGGCACCACCCCAACUACAGGUCGGAGUCGGAUUCGGCGGCGUCGUGGUUCUACUUGUUCGAUGGCUGCACCUGCGAUAUUGAUCGCUUUCGGCACUUGGACCUCUCCACGGGCACAGCCGGCUUGAUCGCCUUCCGCAAGCAGUCGGAGGUGGUGUGCCACAUUAUCGAUUCGCGGGAGGAGAAGGCCCUUAAUACGCUGCGCAACCAGCUGGAAGAUCCUCCCCAUAAAAGGAUGCAAAAGCUCUUGGUUCGUUGAAGCUAGGAAUGAUCUUUUUCAAAGUUUACUUAGCCAUACAAAUACAAUUUUUAGUGAGCUAAACUUCCUACGUAAUCGCUUAUCAACUGGUGGAAUUUUACGUUCAAAUUAACAUUCAACUAAUUUUUUAGGAUUAUAAAUAAAAUAUUGGAAAUUACUAGUUGAACAGGCAAGAA